UUAAAAGUAAAUGUGUCAGUGUGUUUGUUGGCACAACUUGAACAAAACUUAAAGCGGGUCUUGAAAAUUAGUGUCGCAGUUGAUUCAGAUUCACAAUACUGUAAACACCAACAUUGCUAGUUAACAAAUAAACAUAGUCGUAUACAUAGUCAUCCAUUACAAUUAUUAAAAUGGAAAAAAUUCCAUGGACAAGUAUCGCUGGAAUUUUAUUUUUGUGUCUAAGUAUUGCUGAUGGAUACUCGAAGUAUGGAAGAUCAUGCAAUGAUAUUGGUUGUAGAAGUAAUGAGGAAUGUGUGAUGGCUGAGGAUCCAUGUACUUAUCACAGACCAAGUACUGAAUGUGGAAAAUAUCCAAAAUGUUCAGUUAAAAAUGGAGGUGGUGCCAGUUGUAGAACAAUGCAAUGUCCUCUUGGCAAAUAUUGCAAAACAGUUGAUGGACAACCAACAUGUGCUGACACCUCAUCUCAACUUGACUUUGAAUCAGCUGGAGUAUCAUCAGUCAAUGGUCAUCGUGUUAAUGGAAAUAAUGAUGAUCAUAAUGUCAAUCCAUAUGGAAAUGCAAAUGCUCCACCUUCAGAGCAUACUGGAAAUAAUUAUUAUCCACCACAACAACCACCACCAUCAUCAAAUUCUGGAGGAAAUAAUUUAGGCUAUCCACCAUUUCCAUCAAAUGGAUAUCCACAAAAACCACCAACACGUUCUGAAACUGAUCUUGGCUAUCCACCAUAUCCAACACAAAAUCGUCAACCAGUUCAACCAGUUUAUCCACCAUCGCCAAAUAAUUAUCCACCUUAUCCAAAUUAUAAUAAUAAUAAUCGUGGAAGACCUUAUAAUUCUGGCUUUAUUAAUAUGCCAAAUUUAUCAAUGAUUUUUAUAAUCAGCAUUAUUUUCAUCAUCAAUUAACAUUUAUUUAUUUAACUGCAUGAAUUUUGUUAAUUUAUUUUUUUUUUUACUAUUGUCUAUUACUAAAAUUAUCUAUUAAAAAUUGGGAUAAUAUAAUUGCUAAAAUAAGUUGAAUAUUUUUAAGAUAAUCAAAGUAUUAAAAUAUUUAUUUUUUUUUUUUGUACUUAAAUAUAUUUAUGAAUAACAAAAUAAUAUAUAAUCUUUUUAUUUUGUAUUUACGAGUUAUGUUAAUUUGAUCUUUUGAUGACUUGUAAAUUUAUCUUUGAAUUUCGUAAUAGUUCAUGUAAAGUCAUUUGAUAAAUUUUAUUCCAAGAAAAAUAUGUUAAAUUAUUUAAUUAGAAAAAUAUGAAUAAAAAAAAAAUAAUAUCAUGUGAUGAUUUAAAAAUAAAAACAGCUCCAGCAGCUAGAAGACCAGGUGGAAGACAUAGAGUCGUUGUGCCAGUACCAAAAACAAUAAUUUCAACACCUCCACCAGUUCCUCCAAGAUCAUCAUCAUUUGGUUUUGAUGGUCGUCGUUAUCCAGGAAAUUCUAGAAAUACAAUUGGUGGUGGUGGAGGAGGUCGUGGAUCAUCAAUAUGGAAUGGCUGGGGUGGUGGAAGUGGUGGUAAUGAUUAUAAAAAUGGUGGUAAAAGUGGUGGAACAAAGCCAACAAAUAAUCACAGUAAUGAUCGAGGAAACUACUACAAAACUCAUGUCUCAAGUGAUUCUCGUGGCAACAAAGUUUGGACCUUCUCUGGUUGACCUUAAAAUAUCUCAAACAACAAUUUUAAUUACAAAAAAAAUACUUAAUUAAUUAAUUAAUGCAUUUAUAAAAUACUUAUUACUUUUUUUUUUUUUUGUAUACACUAUUUAGUAUGUAUUAAUGAGGU